UAUAUUUAGCUAUAAAUGUAUCACCGUUAGUAUGUAAACUAAGCGUUGAAUGCAAACUUGAUAGCAUGUUUCUAUGGAAACCCUGGCGUUGUCCAUCUGUGUAAUUAUUCCAGGUACAAAAUUGGUUUGUGAAGAACAAAAAGUAAAGUCCUGCCCACAAUGACAAAAAAUGAUUACACAACAUUUAGCUACCUCCGACACAUGGGUAUCAUACCAACAUAUAACACACAGACAUGGACCUUAAUGAAAAUCAAAUUUGACUUGGCCACCCCAAAGUGGACAAAUAUGUGAAUAAGGAGGGCUUUAGGACAAAGCUCUCUUACGCAAGUUUUCUAGAUCAUUCCCUAAAAUAAAAACGCGCUUGAGAAGGAGGCGUGAACGCAUGGUCCGGACCAGAAGACAAAGCAUCCUCAGUUCUGACCCAAGCUGACUGGACAGAGGGUUGAGGGAAUCUCCUAGCAGAGAGCAUCAUGGGAGGAGCCGUGGUAGACGAUGAGCCUAGUGAUGUGAAGGCGCCAGACGGAGGGUGGGGCUGGGCCGUGCUGGCCGGAGGGUUUGUCAUCACUGGGUUCUCCUACGCCUUCCCCAAGGCUGUCAGUGUGUUUUUCAAGGAAUUGAUCAGGGAGUUCGGAGUGGGAUAUAGCGACUGUGCAUGGAUUUCUUCUAUACUGUUGGCCAUGCUCUAUGGCACAGGUCCACUGUGCAGUGUGCUGGUGAACAAGUUUGGGUGUCGGCCAGUGAUGAUGGUGGGAGGACUCUUUGCCUCCUUGGGAAUGAUUCUGGCCUCCUUGGCCACCAGUAUCAUACAUAUCUACCUCUGUACUGGAGUUAUAACAGGUCUGGGCCUAGCACUGAACUUCCAGCCAUCUCUGAUCAUGCUGAAUCGUUACUUUAGUGAGAAGAGGCCUCUAGCUAACGGACUAUCUGCUGCCGGGAGCCCCGUGGCCCUCUGCUGCCUCUCGCCUCUGGGACAGGUGCUGCAGUACCACUACGGUUGGAGAGGCGGCUUCCUCAUCCUGGGAGGUCUGCUGCUCAACUGCUGUGCAUGUGGGGCCCUGAUGAGGCCCCUGGUGGGCCCCAAGAAGCCCCAGGACCAGGAGUUGCAGGCUGUAGACCAAGCAGAAAAAAAGCCUAAUCCUCAGAAGAAGCUCCUGGACUUUAGCGUAUUUAAAGACCGAGGUUUUCUCAUCUAUGCCAUAGCUGCGUCCAUCAUGGUACUGGGUCUGUUUGUGCCCCCUGUGUUUGUGGUGAGCUAUGCCAAGGAGAUGGGAAAUGAAGACACCAAGUCUGCCCUCCUCCUCACCAUCCUAGGGUUUGUUGAUAUCUUCGCCCGGCCCACGUGUGGGCUGAUCGCGGGGAUGAAGUGGGUCCGUCCUAGGUGUGUGUAUCUGUUCAGCUUCGCCAUACUCUUUAAUGGCAUCACCGACGUGGUCAGCUCACAGGCGACAGACUACCCUGGUCUGGUGGUGUUCUGUAUAUUCUUUGGGCUCUCUUACGGGAUGGUAGGGGCGCUGCAGUUCGAGGUUCUCAUGGCCAUCGUGGGCACCAAGAAGUUCUCCAGCGCUUUAGGAUUGGUGUUGCUCAUGGAGGCAAUCGCUGUGCUGGUGGGACCGCCUGGAGCAGGUCGUCUGCUGGACACUACCCAUAACUACAUGCAUGUGUUCCUGCUGGCUGGCUGUGAGGUCAUUCUGGCCUCCAUCGUCAUCUGCCUGGGCAACUUCCUGUGUAUCAAGAAGAAGCCAGACGAGCCCGAAGCCCAUCUAGAGAAUGGAGCCCCCGCAGAGAUGGAGAAGCUCAACAGCCUGCCAGAGGGAGGGAAGACUGAGAGCGAGCAGCCGGACGGGGUGAGGGCCUUCUCGGGAAAGGCGAUGGAGGGAGCAGAGAAGAGUGGAGGGGUGGGGAACCCAGAGACAGCUCUGUGAUAGAGGGGAGAUUGUUAAUGAAUUACGGAGAGAGUGACUGAUGAGCUCGAAGCACCAAUAAGGAAGACAUGAGUACACACUCUGACGGAGGGAUGGAUUGCGGUGCGCUGUACAUGUUUGGUGUUGUAUGCUUUAAUAUGCACAGUGUCACGUAGUGUUGUUUUUACAGUAACAUCUAGUGUUGAUUCAGGAGUUAAAUUAACUCUGUAGGUGUUAAAUUAACUGAGUGGUGUAAUAGAACCCCAAUGUUGAUGUUAAUAACCAGUUUUGACUCCAAUCAUUAUCAUAUUUCCCAGCAUGGUAAAUUGUAUGUUUCUUUGUUUUAUGUUUUUGCAGAUAAUUAAUCUUGUUCUACUCAAAUAUUACGUAAAUUUUUCUAAACUAAUCCAAUAUGUUACCUGGACUUAUUGCACCCGUUACUGAAAUGGUUGUUCCAGUUUAGAUACUUUUGGUAGUCUCCUACAGUAUCUUAGUAUUCCUAAUCCUGGCAAUCAUUCUGAAUAAAAAAUGAAACAUUCCAAAUGUUGGGUAUCCCACUCUGGCUGGAUUCCAAUAUGAAUUACAAAUCACUUUGCAAGCCAGCAUAAAUCGACUUGCAGGCCAAACCAUGAGUUUCAGGCCACUCUAUUAGGAUACAUCUAGCCCCUCAAAAUAUGGCCUUAUGAAAUAUGUAUUGUCAUAAAGAAUUCAAUUUUAAUGAUAACAUUUGCUUAGGAUCUCAGUUGGUGAAGGCCACAAGACGGAAAAUGAUCAAAUGCAACAACCAUGUCUCUGUCACUAACAAAUACAGUCAUGGGUGGCAACUCCACAAUUUACUUAAAAGACAACCUGGGAAAUAUGCAAAUAAGGCUUAUACUAAGCAGUUUGUUAAUUUAACACUGGAACGUGUGGACCCAUAUAGACACUGGAAGAGUGGUAGAUUUAACACUGGAACGUGUGGAUCCAUAUAGACACUGGAAGAGUGGUAGAUUUAACACUGGAACGUGUGGAUCCAUAUAGACACUGGAAGAGUGGUAGAUUUAACACUGGAACGUGUGGACCCAAAUAGACACUGGAAGAGUGGUAGAUUUAACACUGGAACGUGUGGACCCAUAUAGACACUGGAAGAGUGGUAGAUUUAACACUGGAACGUGUGGACCCAUAUAAACACUGGAAGAGUGGUAGAUUUAACACUGGAACGUGUGGACCCAUAUAGACACUGGAAGAGUGGUAGAUUUAACACUGGAACGUGUGGACCCAUAUAGACACUGGAAGAGUGGUAGAUUUAACACUGGAACGUGUGGACCCAUAUAGACACUGGAAGAGUGGUAGAUUUAACACUGGAGAAUUUGCUGUGUACAGACCAGCACGCAUACCAGAAGGAACACAAUGUUUUCUGGAAUCGCACUGCCACACACACUUGCAGGAACCAAAGAGCACGCGCACACACACACCCAUACAACCUUGAACUAACCAAUGCUUGUCACUGCCUGACUCAUCAGUUGUUGAUACAGAAAAUAAUAACGAACAACUUCAUUUCCAGGACAUUUCCACAGUGACGGUAUUUGUUUAUGGAGACACUCCCCAGUGAGGAGAGAUUAAAGAAACUAAGGAAUUCUUCUUUACUCCUGAGUGACAGUGUCUUCCAGUGACGUGAGAUCUUGAAGUGACUUCUUCCCAAAGACAAGAAACAUCUCUGUAAGAGAAGAGUUUAAUUAUUAUAAUGAUUUUUUAAGACCUCGAGCUGGUUUCCCAAGCCCAGAUUCAGCUUAGUCCUGGACUGAGACUCAUGCUCAAUGGAAAUGUUUAAUUGAAAGUGUUUUUUAGUUCAGGACUAGGUGUGAUCUGUGUCUGAGAAAGUAGCCACAAAAGUAUUAUUUCAACUACCCAUGUUGUGGCAGGUUGCAGGCAACAUGGGUUAUUUUAUGAUUGAUGAUUGAUACUAUUUUAUUAAAGGUCCAAUGCAACAGUU